AGCUUUCUUAGAAACGUUUUCCUCAGAUCCAUCUUAAAUGCAUUUUGUAUUGAAAAAUGCAUAGUUCAUUUAAAUCUUCAUCCUAUUGAAAAAUGAAUAAAAUGUUUAAAUCAAAUAUGAAUUAUAUUUCAGAAACAAGGAAAAGAAACUGUGGUGCAUUAUAAGACUUUUUAAAAUUAUUAUUCAAAUGUAAUCUCAUUAAUUUUGAGUCAAACAGAUUUUUUUUUAAAAAAGAAUAAAAGGAUUAAUAACUUUAGAUUAGACGUUUGCAAAACGUGUGUUUUAUCUUCAGGAACUGACACCGUGAGUACGUUAUUCAAGAACUAAUAUUUUGUACACGUUAUUUAAGAACAAGAAAUCGGAACCGGUUACUUAAUAACUGAUAUAUCUUAACCGAUAAGUUCUAAGGAGUAGUCAGGGAAUUUGAGCCAAUGAGAAGGAAGAGGCGUAAACGUCAUGAUCCGAGGAAAACUGGUUCCCUCCGCCAGAAACGUUAUCUUCCUUCCUCGGCGACUCUUCGCCAACUUGCCGUAGUUAUGAUAAUAUUGUUUGAUCUGACCAGUUUCAAUGUCCGUUUUUGUGACAGUGGGUUCAACUUCAUUUGAUAACCUCAUAAAAGUUGCCACCUCCGAAAAUGUUCUCCAUGUCUUAAAAAGCAAAGGCUUCAACAAAGUUGUUCUUCAGAUAGGGCGUGGAACAGUCCUUCCCGAAAAAAGCAGCAUCUUAGAAAUCGAAUGGUUUAAAUAUAAAGAUAGCCUAGCAGAUGAUAUUAAAUCAGCGUCGUUAGUGAUUGGACAUGCAGGUGCGGGUACGAUUUUAGAAUCCCUGAUAGAACAGAAACCAUUAAUUACCGUAUUUAACGAAACGUUGAUGAAUAACCACCAGAGUGAGCUGGCAGAGCAAAUGGAAAAAGAUGGCUUCUUAAUAUCUUGUUCCACUGAUAAGUUGCUCAAAACUCUAGAGAACUUUGACUCUAAGAAACUAAAGACAUAUAUGUCAGACCAGAAUAGAUUUCCUGCAUUUUUACAUGAAAUAAUGGGAUUUAGAUGAAAUACUGAAAUGUUAAAAGAUUGGAUUGUUGUUUAAAUAUGGAGCUUGAUUAGAGUUUUAGAAGAUUGAAUCGAUGUUUGAAGAGGGAACCUGAUUGCAAUGUUAAUCUGCUAUGAUAAAUUCCUUUUUUUUUUAAAUAAAAAUAUGAGCCUGGUUUUA